AAGUAGUGUUAUGUUUAUGUACUCAUAACCUCUGUGGUAAGGGUCCAAGUGCUCUGCCGACGAAGUGGCGUUACCUAUCUUAAUAGAUAGGUAGCUAUUACAUUUUUCGUUGCACUAAUCGUCUCGUCGGAAGUCCAAAGGAACUUAGCAAUUGCGACAGUAGCGAAUACACACGCAGUCAUUACUAUUUGCAAAAAAUACGUUUGCAAACGUGAGCACCAUACUAUACUAUAUUAGUCUUGGAGCAUGGACAGCAAGGCAGUAACUAGUUGUUAGUAGUGCAUGGAAGACCUGUAAAACCUAAUUUCGAAAAACAAAGAGCAUUCAGACAAAACUCAGCACAUAUAGAUGUUCAAUAUUUUAUAUUAUAAUUUUUUACAAUAUAGCCGUGCCUUUUUCUGCUCUUCUGAAACUAGGGAGGUACCUAUAUAAAAACGAAAACUAUACCUCUCACGCGAUUUUUAAUAAAGUUUUCGAAUUUAUAUUCCUUUCAUUUCAAAUUUUCAAAUAUGGAGUACGCAAUUGACGAAUUGAAGAACGUUUGGAAUGGCUAUUAUUGGUCAAUCACAGCACGUGUACUAAAAAAAUCCGAUGUUCUUCCAUUUAAACAUGGCAAUGGAAAAUAUUUUACAACAAUAUUAAUUGACAAAACUACUGAAAUAAGAGCUACUGCUUUUGGAAACGAUGUUGACCGUUUAUUUUCACAACUUCAGGAAAAUAAUGUUUACAAUAUUAAAAACGGAGAAAUAAAAGAAGCAGAUAAGGCAUACAACAAAUCAAAAAAUGAUUAUGAAAUAAUUUUUAAUGGAUUAACAGUUAUAGAAAGGUCUGGAGUUACUGAUAUCCCCAGUCAUCCACAGCUUAAAACUAUUGAAAAAGUUUUUUCAAUGGACAAAAACACUUUAAUUGAUACGAUUGGAGUAAUUAUUAAGAUAGAACAGUCAAAGAAGAUUAAAAAAAUUAACUCUAAUGAUACAUUAAUUUUAAGAAAUAUCAUACUAGCAGACAAAUCUGGAGUUAGGGUUACCGUUACUCUAUGGGAUACAGAAGCUACUAAUUUUAAUGCCAACGAAGGGGAUACUAUGUCAAUAAUAGGAGGAAAAAUUAUUGAUUACAAAAACGUCAAGAAAAUAAGUGUGACUGGAUCUUCAAAAAUCGAAAUUAAUCCUAAUUGGAAUGAAACAUUACAUCUCCAAAAUUGGUAUAAAGAAUUUGAAAAAAAAAAACUUUUAAAUCUGUCUCAAGUGUGUAUCGGUUCUCAAGAACUUGAUAUGUUUGAAAUUUCUCAAAUUAAUAGUAAUACGACUAUAAGCGAGCGUAUUUUGCAACAAAAUAAAAUUGAUUAUAAUUUGAUUUCUAAAAGAUUACUUGAGCUGAAUGAUGAAGAGAAUAAGAUAAAAAUGGAAAGAACUGAAUUAAAUUUUAAGAAACAACGACUUUUAAUCGAACGAGAGAGUGUUAAAAGUCAUUUGGAAAACUAAUUUCAUAAUAAAUACUAUUAUGUAUUAAAUUUUAAUACACUUCAUAUUAUUCUCAAUUUAUACUUUCUUCUGAUUUAUAAUAAUAAUAAUAAUAAUAAACAGAAAAAUAAAUAAACAUCAGCUAUUACCUAUUAG